GCUCCCUUCAAUCGCAGGAUUGGCAUCAGCAGGGGUCGUUGCGCUUGCAGCGCUGGCGAGGGCGGAUCUGCAGGUUAAAAGCCUCAAAUUCUCAAUCCAGACGCCAAACAGCGACAUCAUCACCGCAGACAUGCUGACCCCGAACGCCCCCGAGCUGCCCACUCUUGCAGUUUCUGCUGCUGAUACGUUUAAACUGAGUUUUACGGUCGAAGAUGAGAAGGGCAAUGCUGUCGUGCCUGUGCAGAGCAUGCUGCGUCUGUGGGACGAGGAGAGUGGAGAGGACACGUUACUACCUUUCAAAGUGUCCCUUGCAGGAAAAGGGCGGUUUGAGCUCAAUAUGCGCCGCCCGCCCCCUCAGCUCCCACCCACACCAACUAAAACACCACUCAACGUCUCCCUCGUUCUCGCCUCCCCCCCCCACGCCCCAGUCCAACUAAACCUCCUCCAUCUCCAGCUACCCCUCUCCGAACCUGCUGCAGAACAUCCAGAAGAACACCUGUAUCACCUCCAGCCAGAGAUAUACCACACUUUCCGACCGGAGGAGAAGGUACCUCCUAGGAUUAUCAGCUUGCUCGGCGCAGGAGCGGUGGGUGCGCCUUGGGCUUUGCUUCUUAUCCUUCUGGCAAGCCUACGCCCCUCAUUCUCCUUCGCCACCUCCCCCAGGCUUCUGCUCUUCCUCACCACCCUUACGGCAUUCGACGGUCUCCUCAUCACCUACUGGAUACAGCUCACCCUGGGCCAGGUGCUGCUCUACGGUUCCAUUCUAGGCGGGAUCACAGUCAUCACAGGGGUCAGCGCGCUCAACGCAAGGAAGUUCGCUCUCUGAGAUGCACGCCGAUAUAGUAGCUGGAGACGGAUGGAUACGAUGGGCACCAGUACUGUCAGCUGCACUGGCAGGCUGCCGUAGAAGAUGCCGUUCAGGCCGAUCUGGCUGACGAUUCCUCAUUGUAUCCCUGAUGAAUUAGCCCGGACGACUUUAGUGGAUACGGCCGGUCGGAUCAGACGUCCAUAUUUGGCAUGCCUUCCAGCAAUGCAGUUUCCGCGAGAAUAC